AUGUCAGCCAAAGACCGCUACGUCAACAAUCACGCUGGUCCGAGCGCGUCGGGCUCCAGUCAGCCAAUGCGAACAAGCAGUCAACCUUCUUCCACUCCCUCCAAGAGGCCGCUUUCUCCCAGUGCUACUCAGAAGGAAAGGGACGAAGAAGAUGAGGCUGCUGCGGAACCUUCUCAGCAAGAAGAGGAUGAAUUGUACCUGACGACUCGUACUGAUGUGGUGGGGAUACAAUACUAUACCGGCCUGGUGGGCAAAGGGGAGUUUGUAAUGAUCCGUCGUCAGCCUCAGAAUCAAUACGAUGCUAAUGCUUGUCAGGUCUUGAACGCUGGUGGAAUCCAAGUUGGUCAUAUACCCCGCGCUGUAGCGGCUCGUAUAGCUCCAUUACUAGAUGAUCAUCUCGUCACUGUCGAAGGUCGUAUGGUAGAUCAAAAUCUUGAUCACUCGAGGAAAUACAAGCUCAGGAUGGACAUGCUGAUUUAUGGUCGUCCCUCGCAUAAGGAGACCCUCAUGGUGGAAUUAGACUGGGCCGUUCCGGUGGACUAUAGUUCUCAAGCGGCAGGAAAGAAACGAAUGAACGAGACGGGGAUGGGAGGUGGGAAAGCACCUAGUGGAGCGCCGGAUCCAGAGAUGCAAAGAUUGUUGGAAGGUCUUAAGAGGGUGUCGGAAGAUGAGAAACAAGCGGACAGCGUCAUGGUCGGUUUCAAAGAUAACCUCACCGCCAAUAUUGACGUGACAAAACUGCCAUUACAUCCUAAUCCACCCGGUCUCGCAAAUGGACAAUUACUGGUUGAUAUAUUGCCCCACCAAUCUCAGGCAUUGAACUGGAUGAUUAGCCGGGAAAACCCAACUUUACCUACAUCACCUCAAGAUCCUCCGGUACAAUUCUGGGUCCGACAGAAGGGUACCAAAGCUGGUGAAAGAGAAUAUUGGCUGAACGUCGCCACGCGGACUCCUCAAGAAGCUACUCCUGUACUUGGAAGAGGAGGUAUCAUUGCAGAUGGGAUGGGUUUGGGUAAAACUUUGACAACCUUGUCUUUGGUCCUCGCGACCAAAAAGGAUCAAAUUACUGGGGGUUACAGUGGGGCCACAUUGAUUGUUUGCCCUCUAUCAGUCCUUAGCAAUUGGGAAAAGCAAAUAGCCGACCAUGUCGCUAUGGGCCGCUUGACCUCCUACACGUACCACGGUACCGGUAAAGGUGUCACUGCGUCAACUCUCAAAGAAUACGAUGUCGUCCUCACCACAUAUCAGACCGUAGCUGGUGAAGCCGCCUCGACGGAUAUAAGUUCGACACCAGCUUCAAAUAAGAAAGCCAAAUCAUCUGCUGGUCCACUAUUCAAAGUCAAGUGGAAGCGUGUCGUCGCUGACGAGGGGCACCAACUAAAAAAUCCUAAAGCUAGGAUGUCCCAAGCGUUUGUGGCACUUGAAGCUGAGAAACGAUGGGUCUGUACCGGAACUCCCAUCGUCAACUCUCCUGCCGAUCUUGGAUCCCUGCUGUCCUGCCUACACAUAUGUGCCCCAUUGGACCAGCCGGCAUACUUCAAAUCGCUGUUGCUCCGUCCACUCAGAAAUGGUGAUUCGAACGCUGGAAAACUCCUGCAAGCGCUCGUAGGACAAAUACUGCUCAGACGAACGAAAGAUUCCCGCGAUGCGCAUGGCAAUCGAUUAGUAGAAUUACCACCCAUCGAAUACUUCCAAUGUCCCGUCAAGCUGGACGAAGACACUCGCAAACUGUAUGACGAGAUCAGAGCUGCGUCUGCUCGAAGACUUCAGGAAGGGAUGCAGACAGGCGAGAAUCCCGCCAAUGUUCUCUCCAUGCUCACGAGAACGGUGGAUGUCCGGCAUCAUGGACCGGCGGUGACAGCGGCGUCACUUUCAUCUGAGAAGCGCUCCGAAUUAAUUGACAAAUUACGACAAAUCCUGGCCAACUCAGAAGAAUGUGCUAACCAGAUCUGCUACGACCUAAUGACGAAUCCUAGGAUUACCGUAUGUGGCCAUGCCUUUUGUCUGGACUGUAUUGUUCACUGGACCACAACGAAAAGUCAGAAUUGCCCCAUCGAUCGUCAAGCACUGAGCGCUAUGUCCCUGCUUGAAUUACCACCCGACGAAGCUCCUUAUGUCGAGCCUGAAGAAGCUCCGCCUAUCCAGUCGGCCAAAAUCGACGAGGUUGUCAAGUUUUUACGCCUCUUCCCACCGGGAGACAAAUCUUUAGUGUUUUCGCAAUUCACCACUUUUCUCAAUCAUGUGGCGACCGCCUUGAGAGAAGCAGGUAUUCAAUUCUGUAGAUUCGACGGAUCGAUGCCCGCUAAGAAGAGACAAGAAGUGAUAGCGGAGUUUCAGAAACCUUGGACGGAACGCAACGCAAAACAUAAUCCCGUGGUGAUGCUCAUUUCGCUCAAGAGCGGUGCUGUGGGAUUGAAUUUGACGGCAGCUUCGAAUGUCUUUUUGUGUGACCCAUGGUGGCAGUCUGCCAUUGAGGCUCAGGCCAUCGACCGGGUUCACAGAAUGGGUCAACGUAAAACAGUCCGAGUAUAUCAACUCAUUGCUGAAGAUACAAUAGAAUCAAAGGUUCUUGAUAUUCACGCGUUGGUAGCGAAAGCGUUUGACAAGACUACGAAAGAGACGGCUCAAGCGAAAAGAGAGGCGAGGUUCGAAGAGUUGAAAGAGCUCUUGGGGGUGAAAUAG